AUGGCCUUCAUGUCAACCAACCAUCUCUGGCUUGAUUCGACGCCGCAAUCCAGCUCGAUUAGCACGCCGUCAACAUUUUCCGAUCGGUGGCAGGGGAAACCAGCAAACAGCCAGGAGCAAUUCCUGGACAACAGCCAUACUCUCUCAGACACGGAUUGGCCACAAGACAUUUUCACCCGUGGCAAGUCGAAAAGGCCCAAGGCCUCAAGCUUCACCAGAACUCCCUCUCACCAGUCCAGCAACUGGCCACUCACUGAAAAGUCCUAUCCAACGACGUUCACAAAGGAUGAACUGAAGUGUCCCAAACCACGUCUAUGGAAGACCAUCCUCGUCCCAACGAUCAUCGUCAUCCUGCCCAUGGCGUGUCUGGUGGCAGGGCUGCUGGGUUUGAUGUUCGGAUAUCGAGUCAGGUCAGACACGAGCCUGUUCCCCCAGGUAUCCAACACCAACUCCUUGAACGACAACGCCGUGGUGCUCGUCAAUUACUCGGCAACAAGAAUCGCAUUUGUCGCCUCGUGGGCGUCGACGCUAGCUCCUCUGCUAGCAGCCUUCGUCAUGAACCUGAUCAGUUAUCAAACUGCUCUGAAGAUGCUUCGUUCCUCCUCUGGCACCAACCAGCACGAUCUGCCCUCGCCGUACCAGUACAGCCUUCUAGUCGGGCUCUGCCUAGCAUCCAUAGGAAGGCUAGGCAGGUACUGGGUCUACUCGACGGGAGAAGGGGUCAUGAUUCCCCCCGUGCUACGCCGUGCGGCUCGGAGCUUGUCCCUGACCCUGAUUCUAGCAGUGAUCGUUUUCGCAGCAGACACGGCCUUGCACUACACUACGACCACGAUUAACUUUGAUCGGAUCGCAAUUACACAGCGGUCGCACGCCUACGGUUUUGGCCUAUCCGAGGCAUGCUUGUCUCUCAACCGCGCUGACAACUUUGGCCUCCCCUGUUCUCGCAACGGACAGCUUGCGCAGGACGACUACGACACGUACGUGGCGGGUCAAAACGAAGUCUUCUUUCUGCAGCACGGAACCUCCAACAUCUCUGAAGUUAAGCUGGUUCCAGCACCCGGCCAGCCUCCUGCAAGUGAGCAUGGCAGCGUCGCUAUCCUCGUCCCGCAAAGUCGAAACCUCUCGCCGUAUCGCGACUUCCGCGCGCACACGGCCGGGGUCAUCACGACUUGUGUCCCGAUAAGUUCAGAAUGUCAAUGGAAGACCCUCGGGCCCGACGACACGUACAGCCAGUUCAACUGCACCGACAAUUUCUACGGCGUGCUCGGCAAGCCGCCAUCCAUGACGGCGAGCGGCCUGGGCUUCAACGACUCGGACAUUCCGCCACUGGGCUUCAAGCCUGGUUCGGGUCUGCAGUACUCGUAUUUUACGGAUGCGAACCUCACCACGCCCUACGACAGCACCGGCGCCCUCGGUCCCGUGUUGACGGACGCUCAGCUCAUCAACCCUGUCUACUUUGCUGUGGCGGCACGGUUCGCAGCGUCGGCGCAACGGGCGGGGGUCAACAUGGCCGACAACGACGGCGAAGACGGGGCCAUCCACAAGGGACCGACGCAGAACAUCGAUUUCGUCCUGCGAUGUCAGUACACGACGUACGGCACCGAGUACACGUGGGUCAACUCGACGGCGCAGGUCCACGCGCUCGCGCCGUCGCCCAACGGCACGCUCGCCGAGGUGUUCCACGGCUACCGGCUCGCGAACACCGACAGCGCCUUCGACAACGACCUGGGCGACGACAUCCUGCAGGCGGCGCUGCAGCCCGACGCGGCCGCCAUGGCCGACAGCUUCGCCAACAGCUUCUCGCAGCGAGUCAUGAGCGUCAUCGGCGCGUUCCAGUCCGCCAGGGCCAACGCCGAGGAACAGGACCGCACGCCGCUCCUCGUUGCCAAGGUCCCCAAGGCGCCCCUGGCGAUCCUAGCCGCGUGUUGCAUUGCCUACGUCAUCUUCGGCGUCGUCGCGGCCACGUUGGCAUACCGUGCUCUCGACGACGUCGAUGUGCGCGAUGUCGUCGCCCGCUUUUCCCUUGCCGCGCUGAGUCUGCACGCCUUUCGCGACGCCGUGACCGACAACGCCGCCAUAGAGGUCGACAUGGACACGGCUGGACACCGUGUCUUUGAUGAGUGUAAGAUCCGCUGCGAGACGAGCAGGGUCGGAAUUGAAGGUGGUCCGACGACUGGCUUUGUGUUGAAGAGUCUGGUCUGA